AGACUUUCUUUCCAUCUUACUUUAACUCUGCAACCAAACUCAUUCUUUUUCUCUAAUUUUUUUUGCUUCUAAUUUACAAUUUUAAUUGUGUGAUUCACAUCUAAAUUUGCAUUCUUUUUAAUUCCUGACUGAUUAACACACUUAAUUAUAACAAUCAAGAUGUCUGAAACUACUGCUGCCGCUGCUGCUACUGUUACACCUAAAGCUAAAAAAGCCACCAAAGCUGCUGCUGGUGGUGCUGCUAAAAAACCUAAAGCUGCUCCAAAUCAUCCUCCUGUCUCUGAAAUGGUUAAUGCUGCCAUUGCUGCUCUUAAGGAGAGAAAUGGUUCAUCAGCUCAAGCUAUCAAAAAGUACAUUGCUGCCAAUUACAAAGCUGAUGUCGAGAAAUUAGCUUCUUUCAUCAAGAAAUACUUGAAACAAUCUGUUACCUCUGGAGGUUUAGUACAAACUAAGGGUAAGGGUGCAUCUGGUUCAUUCAAAUUGAGUAAGACCGCUAGUGCCGCUGGAAAACCCAAGGUAGCCAAAAAGAAGCCCGCUGAAAAGAAACCAGCAGAAAAGAAACCCGCUGAAAAGAAGCCCGCUGCCAAAGCAAAGGACAGCAAAAAAGACAAAAAAGUUAAACCCGCCGGUGAAAAGAAGGUUGUUAAGAAAGCAAAGGAAACUAAACCCGCCGAGAAAGUUAAGAAAUCACCCACCAAGAAGGCAAAGGUUGAGAAGAAGCCCAAAGCUUCCAAAGCUGCCAAACCUAAGACUCCAAAGAAGAAGCCAACAGCAACAACAAAAAAGACCACCGCUAAAAAAGCAGCUCCAAAAAAUUAAUUUUAUUUUUUCUCUUACAUUUUUUUUGACUUCCCUAUUUAUGUAAAUUUAACUGAAACUCUCAUUUAUAUCAUAUAUCUCAUCUUCAUCAUCUUACAAAACAAAACUAUUAUGAAAAACACUCCUUUUAUUAGUGUAUCUCUAAUCUCUCAUGAAAUCAUCUAUUUCGUUCAAACAUAAAAACAACCAUCAACAAAAAAUAACAUAAAAAUAAACAAUUACUACAAUAAAAAGAUUAUUUUGUUGAAAAAGAAAAGAUAAAA